GGCUCUACUCCGCGCUGCUGCUUCAAAUCCACUCAAAUAUCGGGAGUUGAGACGCACAAUGGAGCCGAAGGCAGCUCGGACACGCAGCUGAACGCUGUAUCUGCGCACCGCACACUGGGCUUCUUCACGCUGGCGCUAAGACACCUCUGCGGACAUUGCAACUCGUUUGGAGCGACUGGGUUCCUGACUUUUGCGAUAUUGAGCCGAGCUGCAGCGCGUCCCUCGGAGCCGUCAUGCCUCCCACCACCCCGUACGCAGGGAAGUUCGGCCCCUGCGCUCCGUACGGCAGCAACAACACGCACCCCCCGCCCCACGCGCCGUACCGCGGCGCCGCCCCGAAGCCCGCCAAGGACGGCGCCUACAGCUGCUACUCGGCGGCGGAGAACCCCUACGACGUCCCGCCGCCGCGCGCCGCGCACCGCAGCGCCUCCGUCUCCUCCGCCGCCUCCAGGGAGCGGCACGGCGGCGGCGCCGAGAACCCGUACGCGUCGCUGCAGCCUCAGAGCCCGACCCAGCUCAGCCCGCGGCAGCACAGCACUUCCUGUCCCGGACGGGCGUAUCGUCACACCACCCCCACCGCCCCCACCCCCACCACCAGCAGCAGCAGCGGCAGCGAGCAGUCCUGCCGUAACAGCACCAAAGCUCGGCAUUACGGACACGCCAUCACCGCCAGCUACGGGGAGAUGUGUUACCAUGACAACAGCUUGGUGUCAGCAUCCCUCGAGGCUCUGAUACAGCACUUGGUUCCCACUGUCGACUACUACCCUGACAGGUCGUACGUCUUCACCUUCCUGCUGAGCUCCCGCCUCUUCCUGCACCCGUACGAGCUCAUGACCAGAGUUUGCCACCUGUGCGUGGAGCAGCAGCGCUCCGGAGAUGCCCUGCUGGAUAAGAUCCGUUUCCGUGAGGUGGCGCCUAAACUGGUGCAGCUGCUGACGGAGUGGACGGAAACGUUCCCGUACGACUUUAGAGACGAGAGAAUGAUGCGCUGCCUGAAGGACAUGACGCACCACGUGGCCCGCGGGGAUGAGUACUCGUGGCGAGCCAUGCAGCAGAUGACCCAGCGGCUCAUCAAGCGCCUGUCGGCCCUGGGCCAGUACGAGGAGGCCGUGGCCGCGCUCAACGCCGUGGCGUCGGAGCGGCCCGCCUCCCUGAAGAGCAAGCAGGCGCCCGGGCAGAGGAACGACGUCCUGAGCGUGUGCGACGACCCCUUCGUCGUCGCCCAGCAGCUCACGCACAUCGAGCUGGACAGACUGAGUUUUAUUGGCCCUGAGGAGUUCAUCCAGACAUUCGCCAUGAAGGAUCCUCUAGAGAACCAUAAGGGUUUCUUCCGGAAGCGUAAAACCAGUAACCUGGAGGCCUACGUCAACUGGUUCAACAGGCUGAGUUACCUGGUGGCCACUGAGAUCUGCAUGCCGGUCAAGAAGAAACAUAGAGCGCGAAUAAUCGAGUUCUUCAUCGACGUGGCUCAGGAGUGCUUCAACAUUGGCAACUUCAACUCCCUCAUGGCCAUAAUCACUGGGAUGAACAUGAGUCCUGUUGCCAGACUGAAGAAAACCUGGAGCAAAGUCAACACGGACAAGUUUGAGAUCCUGGAGCACCAGAUGGACCCGUCCAGUAACUUCAGCAACUACCGCACGGCUCUGCGUGGCGCCACCCAGAGGUCAGAGACUGCACACAGCAGCCAGGAGAAGAUCGUGAUUCCUUUCUUCAGCCUCCUCAUUAAAGACAUUUACUUCCUGAACGAAGGCUGCGCCACCAGGCUGCCUAGCGGCCACAUUAACUUUGAGAAACUGUGGGAACUGGCAAAGCAGGUGAGCGAGUUCCUGGUCUGGCGUCAGGUGGUUUGUCCGUUCGACAGAGACCGACGGAUCCUCCAGUACCUGGUCACCACGCCCGUCUUCAACGAAGAUGAGCUGCAUCUGGCUUCAUAUGAGAGCGAGGGACCCGAGAACAACAUGGAGAAGGACAGUCGCAGAUCACUCCGAUCCUCUCUCCUGCAUCGAGAGAAUCGCUCUUAAGAAAACAACAAUCUUCUGUAAAUGGACACUUUUUUAAAGCUCCAGUGCUCGUGUUAUCAUGGGAUGUACAGUAUUUGAACAGUCGCCUGCCCAAAGUACUUAACGAAUCCUGCGUCCCAGAACAGAAGAAUAAACGUAACUGGAGCCACAUCGCACACAGACGGUUUGAUUUGGGACAACGCAACGGUGAUUAAUGAAUCAUCCUGUGACGAGCCGUGUUGAAACCAUCCGGUUCCGGUGGACCUCAGCUACAGGUUCUGCUGCCGCUCUCCGUCCGUGCAGGUCUUCAUGGAUGGAAAACGUUUAGAUCAGAUGUCUGAUUGGAUCCUCCGCUGUGUUUUAGGGACUAACACCACAUCACACGGCUCCACGAUUUGCCAAAAAUGUACAGAUUUAAGUCUUUACUACCAGUGGGCGUCCAUUAACAGCCCAAUGUGGAAGAGAAAAGUGGAACUGUGUCAGAGUGAGGUUAUGGACCUGAUUGGUGGCAUCACAGCAUCAGGACUGGUUUCUGUGGAUAUCAGAAGUCACAAACCACCUGAAGGAGUGAUCUGUAUUAUAACUAACAACUGCUUCAAGACGUCGUGCAGCUGCUUGACUCACAUCUCAUCUAAACACAUACUGCAAAAAAACACAUCAGCCACUCGAUCCUGGACCAUUCCUAUUUUGUGACGUAGACGACUUUGACUUAUAUUGAUGCUGCAGACGUGUGUGUGAGCCCGGUCACGCUAAAGCACUUCAGUGGGUUUGUGCGCGUUGUAUUAUAGAAGUCGCUGAGUCCUAUUUUAGGGCAUCUUUCCGCACAGUAUUAAGUCGUUUUGUAUCAGAGGUUUUUCUCUUUAUACACUUUCUCUGGAGUUUCAGCGUGAGCUUGUUGCUGGUUGGCUAGCUCCAUGUUAGUAAGCUACUUUGUUACUGCAGCAUCAUGUAUAAUGUGCUUUUAGAGCCUGAACUGAACUAUAGUCUGUGUGUGUGAUGUGUGUGUGCAGCUUUAAUACGAACAGGUGAACGCGACGUGAUCCUUUAAACGAGUGAACGUGAGGCCACAUUUGUAUGUUUCUAAAAGCUCUUUCUAUGUUUCACACCUUUUAUAGUUUUCUCUCGUAUGAUGUUUUUCUUUUACAUGUAUCAUUUGUGUCGCCUGUAACGGUACUUUUAUUGAAGGCUGUUGUGAAAAGAGAAAUUUAUUUUUUCUUUCAAAUAAAAUACAAUAACUGUAAA